GCUCUCCUCCGCAGCAUUGCAUCACGGCGAUUUCACCGCACAGCAUGCUGCGUGCGCGCUUCCCCGCCGCCAGACGGUCGUUGACCGCGCGCCCGCUGCUGCCCGUCGCACCGCUUGUCCGCUUCGCCUCAGACAGGAGCACCAGCGACGCGAGUCCUGAGGAGCUCCAGGCUGCGCGCAGGUGGCUCGCCCAGCUCCAUGCAGAGACUAUUCCCAAAAGCAUUGGCGAGUUAAGCUUCAGCAGGUCGUCCGGACCCGGCGGCCAGAACGUCAACAAAGUGAAUUCUAAAGCUACCCUGAAGAUGCCCCUCAAUGCCCUGCUGGACCACGUGCCCAGCGUCCUUCAUCAUGAGAUAAGGGCCUCGCGCUAUGUCGCUGAGCGGUCCAGUGCCAUCGUCAUCCAGGCUGACGACAGUCGCAAGCAAAAUGACAAUGCCCACAGCUGCUACAAGAGGCUCUAUGAAGCCAUUGUCGAGGCGGGCCACGCUGCCAUUCCCGGCGAGACGUCGGCCGAACAGGCGAAACGCGUCAAGGAUUUACAAAAGUCUGACAACGAACGGCGGAUCAAGACUAAGAAGCAGCAUAGUGCCAAGAAGAGCUCGCGAAGAGGUCGUGGCGACGAUUGAAUAGGCCAUCCGUCGACCCUGCGUCUCAUUAUGCAGGUUCCGCUUCGUAUCAUGGUCUUGAAGACACCAAAUCGCUGCUACCUCC